CGCGCCGCCGCGCCUGAGCCCCUGCGUGCCCCGGCCGCGAGCUGCCGGCGGCAUGAUCCGACGGGCAGGGUCGCCUGCGCGCGGGGACCCAGCGGGUCCUACUCCAGAUGUCGGCCAAGGAGAUGGAGAAGAAGAGGAGGCAGACGGCAAGGUGCCAUGUCCACCAGCCCCCCUGAAGAACUGCCGUCCUCGCCAGGGCAUCAGCGUCUUAGAGAAGCUCGUCAAGACGUGCCCGGUGUGGUUGCAGCUGGGUCUGGGCCAGGCAGAGGCAGCCAGGAUCCUGCACCGGGAGCUGGCCGGGAUGUUCCUGGUCCGCAGGGACAGCAGCUCGAAGCACCUGGUGCUCUGCGUCCACUUCCCUUCCCGGAGCGAGAACGCGGCUGAGGUGCUCGAAUACACCAUUAAAGAAGAGAAGUCGAUUUUGUACCUGGAAGGCUCAGUCCUUGUGUUUGAGGACAUCUUCAGACUGAUUGCGUUCUACUGUGUCAGUAGAGAUUUACUGCCCUUCACGCUGCGGCUGCCCCAGGCCAUCCUAGAGGCCAGCAGCUUCACUGACCUCGAGACCAUCUCCAACCUGGGCCUGGGCUUCUGGGACUCCUCACUGAACCCCCCACAAGGAAGUGGGGACCCAGCAGAGCCACCAAGAGACCCAGCCUCUGGAGCACCCCCGGCCUCUAGCCUCAGGUCCACCGCCCAUUACCCAAACUGUUCCUGUGAAAUCGAGCUGUCGGUAGGAAGUGACCGGCUGUGGUUUGUGAACCCCAUUUUCAUCGAGGACUGCAGUAGCGCCCUGCCCACCACGGACCAGCCUCCUGGAAGCUGCGCUCCGCGCCCCUCACCUCCCACCUCUGACGCUACCUGUCCACCUCCCUAUUUACCAUAUGCUUGCAUUCUCUCUGGAACACAUCCAUCAAGAGGCCCCCCAGGCCCCCCAAACCACCCAGGCCAGCCACCCAUGGCAGCCUGUGAGAGGCCCCCACAUGCCGCAGCAGAUCUAGGCCCCCUCAGGGAGGAAGAGAUGACGGUGGAGGCUGCGCCCAGCCCCUUGCAGCAGGCCCCUGCCCCUCCGCUGCCCGCCAAGAAGAACAUGCCUGCUGCUCCUCCCAGACGUCGCUUCUCUGAGAGGGUGGCCCCAGAGGACCAAAGUGUGGGCAUAGCAGCAGAGGGGCACCAGCUAGGCCUGCCCAGGGCAGCCCCACUCAACCUGCCUCCCCAGGGGGCCUCAGACAGCCCUGGGGACAGGCCACAGAGGACUGCAGAGCAAGACCAGGAAGCAGAAGCCAGAUCUGGCGACCCAGGCAGCAUGCCAGAGCUUCCCAGAAGGACUAGACUGCCCCCAGUCCCGCCCCCCAGGAAGAAACGGAUUUCCCCGCAGCCGGCCACAGUCUUCCCAAGUACCUCAGAGAGUGCUAGGCUCUCCACGCAGGAGGUGACCUCCGAGAGACCCACGCCUGGUGUGCUCAAAGAAGGCCAAAGUCCCGCGUCCCAGGCUGGGGCCCCGCGCCCGCCUGCCCAGGCCAGUGCCUGCCCCCAGAGCUCUCCAGAGUUCAAGGGGUCCCUGGCCUCCCUCGCAGACAGCUUGGGUGUGCCCCUCUCGGCCGCCGACCAGGACUCCUACUCAACCAGCAGCACAGAGGAGGAGCUGGAGCAGUUCAGCAGCCCCGGCAUGAAGAAGAAGCCCUCCAUGCUCCUGGGCAAGGCGCGACACCGGCUGAGCUUCGCAAGCUUCAGCAGCGUCUUCAACGCCUUCCUCUCCAACAACCGCAAGCUGUACAAGAAGCUGGUGGAGCUGGCGCAGGACAAGUCCUCGUACUUCGGCAGCCUGGUGCAGGACUACAAGGUGUACAGCCUGGAGAUGAUGGCACGCCAGACCUCCAGCACCGAGAUGCUGCAGGAGAUCCGCACCAUGAUGACCCAGCUCAAGAGCUACCUGCUGCAGAGCACCGAGCUCAAGGCGCUGGUGGACCCCGGCCUGCACUCCGAGGAGGAGCUCGAAGCAAUCGUGGAGUCUGCCUUGUACAAGUGUGUCCUGAAGCCCUUGAAAGAAGCCAUCGACUCCUGCCUGCACGAGAUCCACAGCAAGGACGGCUCACUGCAGCAGCUCAAGGAGAACCAGCUGGUGAUCCUGGCCACCACCACCACCGACCUGGGCGUGACUACCAGCGUGCCCGAGGUGCCCGUCAUGGAGAAGAUCCUGCAGAAGUUUGCCAGCAUGCACAAGGCCUAUUCCCCUGAGAAAAAGAUCGCCAUCCUGCUCAAGACCUGCAAGCUCAUCUAUGACUCCAUGGCCCUCGGCAACCCAGGGAAGCCCUACGGGGCCGACGACUUCCUGCCCGUGCUCAUGUAUGUGCUGGCCCGCAGCAACCUCACGGAGCUGCUCCUCAACGUGGAGUACAUGAUGGAGCUCAUGGACCCCGCCCUGCAGCUGGGGGAGGGUUCCUACUACCUGACCACCACCUACGGGGCCCUGGAGCACAUCAAGAACUAUGACAAGAUCACAGUGACCCGGCAGCUGAGCGUGGAGGUGCAGGACUCCAUCCACCGCUGGGAGCGCCGGCGCACGCUCAACAAGGCGCGGGCCUCCCGGUCCUCGGUGCAGGACUUCAUCUGCGUGUCGUACCUGGAGCCCGAGCAGCAGUCGCGGACGCUGGCGUCGCGCGCGGACACGCCGGCCCAGGCGCUGUGUGAGCAGUGCGCAGAGAAGUUCGAGGUGGCGCAGCCGCAGGCGCACCGGCUCUUCGUGCUGGUGGACGGGCGCUGCUUCCAGCUGGCCGACGAGGCGCUGCCACACCGCAUCAAGGGCUACCUGCUGCGGAGCGAGCCCAAGCGCGACUUCCACUUCGUCUACGGGCCCCUGGACAGUGGCGGGGGCAGCGGGGGGCCCCCCUGCCUUGUUGUACGAGAGCCCAACUUCCUGUGAGCCCCUCAGACGACAGGAUCACCCGAACUGGCAGGGACGGAGGGGCAUGGACUGGGGGCUCAGUCGCCCUUCCUGGCACUGGCCCGCACUUAUCAUGCAGAUGCUCUCAACAUCAACCACGUGCCACACACACUUCCAACACUGAUGUCCAAGGUCAUGCACGCCGCUCACUGAGCAUGCCCAGACUAAAGUCUCAGGAGAAUUGGGAAAAUAACACGAAGAGCGGCCAAGGGUGCUUUCUGAGGGACAGUCAUAGCACUGAGAGACCAUGUUCUUUAUUAGACAGAAAGGGAAACAGGCUGGAGAAGUUAUGAGGUUCUCCAGCCAGCUGCAGCAAAGAAACCUUCCCUUGUUCACAUACAGCUUCCCCCAACAUUCCCUGUACCUCCUGCCCCCAUACUGGGUCUUCCCAGGGAGGGACUGGGCUGUUUCCUCAUGACUGGCCAUGGGGUCCCUUGCUACAGCUGCUCCCGUGUCUCCCAGGUCAGACCUGGGAUGUUUUGGAUGCACCUAGCAUCUCAGGAGCAUCUCAGGGUGUGUGUAGAAGACAUAGCUCCCCCCUUCCACCCCGCCCAUCUCUACACUAGAGCCUGUCCUCAGCUCCCCAUGUUUAUAGCAGCUCCUGCAGCCAGAGAUAGCAGGACCCGCCAGCCCAGGCCAGCUCCACAGAGACAAGGCCAAGCGCAGCCUCCAUGGGGGAAACUGGCAGGACCUUCCCAGAGGGCACAGCCAGGGCUGCGGCAAGCAUCGCAGGAGGUGCAGUGUCGCGGAGUUUAAUAAAAGCUCUUUUGAAAACA